UGGAAUAAUUUAUCAUUAAAUGCACCGGUCCCUCACAAAUCUCUUAUAAUUUCCCAAGAGAAAUCAGAGCGAUGCAUCAAAUAUUAUUCUAAUUAAUGAAUCUUUUUUUUUAAUCCCACAUGACUACAAGCCAUUCACAAAAGUGCAGACCAUUGCUGAAAAGGUUUCUGGCUUUAUAAAUAUAGAAGGUUGUAUUGUUUUCAUGUCAGGCUGGAUCAUUUGGUCUUCAUAUGGAGUGGAGCCAAUUCUACAUCACAGAGUGCAUUGCUUAGUGUAAAUCUGAUCCAGUAUGUCUUGCGUAUCCGACAGCUCCAGCCUCAACAAGGCCCUGCGACAGCAGUACCUCAGUCUGCCUCAGGGACCCUUCUGUCAGGUCACUUAUAUUUGGAUCGAUGGGUCUGGAGAGGGUCUGCGCAACAAGACUCGAACCAUGGAAUCGGAGCCAAAGAGCGUGGCUGAUCUGCCAGAAUGGACCUUUGAUGGUUCCAGCACAGGUCAGUCUGAAGGACACAACAGUGACAUGCUGCUGAUUCCUGUGCGCAUGUUCAGAGACCCUUUCCUCCUGGACCCAAAUAAACUGGUGCUGUGUGAGGUGCUCAAGCACACCCGAGAACCUGCAGAGUCAAACCAUCGUAACAAGUGCAACAAGGUCAUGGAGAAGGUCAAAGGUCUUCAGCCUUGGUUUGGCAUGGAGCAGGAAUAUACUCUUCUAGGAGUGGAUGGACACCCUUAUGGCUGGCCCAGACUUGGCUUUCCCAAACCACAAGGUCUAUAUUACUGCAGUGUUGGUGCAGACAGAGCCUUUGGCAGAGAUAUUGUGGACUGUCAUUACAAAGCCUGUCUAUAUGCUGGCAUCAAAAUCACUGGAACUAAUGCAGAGGUCAUGCCCUCUCAGUGGGAGUACCAGGUGGGUCCAUGUGAGGGAAUUGAGAUAGCAGAUCAUCUGUGGAUGUCACGCUUUGUGCUGCACCGAGUGUGUGAAGAUUUUGGAGUGGUGGCGACCUUGGAUCCUAAACCCAUGGUGGGAGACUGGAAUGGAGCCGGCUGCCACAUCAAUGUGAGCACAGCAUCCAUGAGAGAGGAAGGAGGAAUUGAGCACAUUGAGAAAGCCAUUGAGAAACUGAGUAGGCGACAUGAAGAGCAUAUUCGGGUCUAUGACCCACAUGGUGGAGAAGAUAACAAGCGUCGCCUCACGGGUCGUCAUGAAACCUCCAGCAUCCACGAUUUCUCCGCAGGUGUUGCAAACCGUGGGGCCAGCAUCCGCAUCCCACGUCAGGUUGGUCAGGAGAAGUGUGGUUAUUUCGAGGACCGCCGUCCUGCCGCCAACUGUGACCCAUAUGCCGUGACCUGCGAAAUGGCUGUGACAUGCAUGCUAGACGAUGUCCAUGAAUAACAUACUUUAAUAGAUGCUUAGUGUGUUAGGUAGAGGGCUCGUUAUUCUGGUGGAUUUGUUGUAAAAUGUCCUCGAUGCAUAUUAGAAUCGUCAUCUGAAAAGAAUCGAAUGCUAUAUGACUUGCACGGCAGGCUUGAUAUGCCGUAUGUUUAGUCAUACACGUGAGUUUACCUGUUUUUCCGAACAAUAAAUUCAUUCUCACCCAAUCAGAAUUUAAAGAAUACACUCCAAGUUAAUUGUCAUAGCCUAGCAAUGCAAAUGAAGGAACAGGGUGUUCAUGAAACUUCCAAGGGUCUGAAUGUUCACAUUUUAUUAAAAUGAAGUAACAGUAAUAUGUUAAAUAUCAAGGGUUUUAGCGAUUAAAAUGAGAAACUAAAACAAAUGAAAACAACUGA